AUGGCUUCUCCAUUAGAAGCGGCUGUGUCCCGGCCAUCCUCGGGGAUGGCCUCUCCCCCACCGAGGAUAACAUCGCGGUCGAGGACACAGAGUAUCUCCAGCGACCGACCGUCGACCGUCGCGCACAGUCUGAUGACGCCUCCACUGGCUGUGUCGCCUGAACCGGCCUUCAUUGCCGCUUCGGCCGCCUCGCAGAUCGUCACCAACGACUACGACAGCCAUGCCGAAGCGUGGUACGACCAGCAUGGUAUCGAACCUCCGGGCGAGGCUGCUACCGUGUCGCCCACCGCGCUGCAGUUGGUCAACAGCUUCCUCGACCAGCUGCUCUUCAACUUCCUCUCCGUUUCGCGCUCCACCGCCCUCUCCGCCCUGCGACCCGCCGUGACCGAGGUGCUGAAACCGAAGCUCGCCAAAGAUGCUAUCAACCAAGCGGACGAGGAAUUGCGAGAGUAUCUCGGCGAGGAUGGCCAAGAUGGCGCCCAACCGCAGACGGCCGACGCUGUGUCGCCCACGGGAUGGGAUCUGGAGCUGGCCUGGAAGAGGACGCGCCUUCGCUGCAUGGUCUACUCAUCACUGGGCGACAUGGAAGAAGAGGACGAGGACUACUACAUGGAACAGGGCCACCUUGCCUCUGGACCAGACGACAAGCUAUCCGAGUCCGUCUCGCCCGCCGUCGCAAUCUUCCUGACGUCGAUCCUGGAGUUCAUGGGCGAGCAGGCACUGAUCGUCGCCGGCCAAGCCGCAUACCAUCGCAUACGCGCAAAGUACGAGAAGGAGCUCAAGGAAGGCGCCCGGAGCCCGACCGGCGUCGCCGAUAAGGUCGUGAUCGAGGACCUCGACAUGGAGCGAGUCGCGCUGGACCGUACCCUGGGCCGGCUGUGGCGCUCGUGGAAGAAAAAGAUCAGGUCGCCCGCCAUUAGCUCCACAGAUCGCCUGAAUAGGUCCUAUUCCAAGGACUCCUUGCACUCGUCGUCUGGUCAUUUGCGCUCGUCUGGCAGCGUUGCCGAGUUCGCCGUCCCAGCCACCGUCCCUGAGCCCGACGCCGAGCCCGGUGCGCCGCCGAGCAAGGAGGACCCGGCUGAUUAUCGCGAUCAAGGCGCGAAUACCUCGCAGCCUCUGGAAGAAUAUCUCGUUGCUGCCAGCAUUCCCUUGCCGCUAGGCCCAGACGACAUUGCCGAAAUUGAGGUCCCUGGUCUUGCCUUUUACCGUCACGAAAGAGAAGAGGACGGCGACGCGGAGAAGGAAAGGACGCCAACCCGUCCGAAGAGCAUGAUAUCGAUGCCGCUGCGUGAGGCGCCGGGCCCGCUGUCGACCGCUUCGUCUCAGCACCAGAUCACUCGGAGACGCUCGAGCACACUCCCAGCGCCCGCCCGACCCCGUUUCAGCAUCCCCGCGGAACCUCGGCCGGAUGUGCCGGCCGAGAUGCAGGAUUCCCCGGCUCAGGCCAGCCGUUCGACCCGUACCCUAUCGCAGAAUGCCGCAGAAGAAGCAGAGCAAGUCCAGGCCGUCGAAACCUCCCAAGCCGCCGACUCUGGCGUCGCCCCUGGUGGAGAGGAGCUCAAAGAUGAGAUCAAAGAUGAUGAUGACGACGACGAAGUGUCCAUUGAGGAGCCAAGAAUCGUCAGAUCCUCGAGGGUUUCGAUCUUGGGCCGAACCCCGUCCACAACAUCCUCGGAACCGGGAAAGCCUGCGUCUAUCAACACGAACCUGCCGAUUCGAACGCCAAGCAUCCACUCUGCGCGGCUAAUCGAAGUGACCAGUCCGCGCAGCCCGGUGGUAGGUUCGCGGCGCAACUCGGUGGCUGUCACCGAGUCAGCCCGGCAUGCUAGCCCAUCCAGUGCCAACCGCACGGUCACUCCUCCGCUUUCAGAGGACCGGCAGGAACAGUCUGUUGGUAGCAGCUCAGUUGGCAGGCCAGCUAUCAGCCACGGUACCAGGUCGUCUGGACUGGCGUCGAGCGUCUCUAUUUCCGAGAGCGGCGAGCCGGCCGACCGGGACUAUACCGUCUCACCGGUGACACCCGUAACUCCCCCUGCUCCUGCUCACGCAGGAACUAGCCUGCCCACCGUCCCGGAACCUUCGACGCCCCCAAAACCCGUCAUCAAAAACGUCGUACUGCCCGCGACGUCCUCGCCGGUGUCUACCGCAUCGACGACGAGUGGCACCUUCUUCAUCGAGUCUAUGCCGGUGCUGCCGGAGGGGAGAGAAGCCGCAGGGCCAUCCCAAACCGGCGGCCGACGGUAUCGCUCUCCUUCCACCUCCAACCCCCCUGCCGUUCCCGAGCGAAGCGCCGGAAGGCAAGCAGUUGCGAAUACGUCGGCCUUGCGCCAGCCAGCAGCUAUCGGCCAGGUGUCGGUGGAGCGUACUCGUAACCGCAGUCCGUCUCAAGGGUCCUCCUCCUCCCGGCCCCGCGAGCCGUCGGCGGGACGAGGCCGGCAGCAAACCGCUGCCGAGUCCCCCUCGUCGACGAAGCUCAAGACGGUCCAGACAUCAGAGGAGCAAGUGCAAUCUCGUAUCGAUGUUGUGCGGAAUUUCGAGGAACUCAUCCAGAGCGACCAGACGAUCCAGUACACGCUUACUCCCGAGAGUAUGCGUGAUCUCGAGUCGCAGGGUCAGUCGGGGCGACCCGCCACAGCUGCAAGCCCAGUUGUGUCGAUUAAGACACGGAAGAGCGAAGAAGCCUGCCGGAACGGUUCCCGCUCCCCCUCGUCGUCGGUUCCUCGAAACGACGCGAAAUCGCCGUCAUCAGCGCCUCGUUCGUCAGGAUCCGGGUCCCAUUCCGUCACCGAUGGGCAUCACCCCAGCCGAAGCUUUGCCCUCUCCCCGGCCAAACAUAACGGUGUCGUCCCGCGUUCCAUCCCCCCGGUGCCUUCGAAGCCUCGUGCCACCAACGGGCCUCAAGCGAGAGAUGCGAGACUGGAGCGUGAAUCUCUUGCCGAAUUCGCCGAGUUUAUCCGCUCAACGGGCCCUGCUGACGCUCGCGCCGCUUCCGCCAAUGCCAAUGCCAAUGGAUCAUCGGGAUCAGGGAGACGGCGUAAUCAAGGUUCGAUCUCGAACGGGGAUGUCGGGACCACCAGCCUGGCUUCCGCGACUAGCAACCCCAACCGGCCGAGACUGCAGCCUCGCGGUGCUGUCGUCGAUCACAAGGACGACAAUUCUGACUUGAUCGAUUUCAUCCGGCGCGGGCCACCGAGCAGCGCUGGUAACCCGCGUAUCCCGAGAUCUGUUGCUCCGUUCCGGACCACGAUGGACUCGGACCAGCUGUCCGCUGCUGUUGGGGGGAGAGCUGUGGACGCCCAACUCCGGGACGCCGAGCUCGCUGAUAGCCAGGCUUCGACGAACGCCACCGACUCCUCGGUGCCACCCUCGGUACAGUCAUCCAUCAACUCCCGCAGUGCUCUGGUCGCCAAGAACAAGCCCCUGCCAUCGGAUGCGGGGGAUGUUGACAUGCCGAUGCCGAAGCGCAAGACUCGUCGUGUCCGUGACCCCUACGCCAUCGACCUGAGCGAUGAGUUGGAAGACGAUGACGAGUUCACGCCAUUGCCCCCCAAGAAAGCACAGACCCAGGAGGAGAGCCUUAUCGACUUCUUGAACAAUUACGCCCCGCCACCGGAGCCUCCUGUGCAGCCCUUCAACAUCUCACAGACACGGAACGCGAUGCAGCCAAGGAAGAAGGCCAGCACAUCAAGCUUGAUGGCCAGGUUUACGAGACGGGAUAGCGCGCAAUCGAGCGCAGCAGGCUCAACCGUUUCUGCGGCCUCCAAAGUUCCAGAGACUAGGUCCGCCAACGGUCGGGCAAGUGCGCCAAAGGCCGGCCACAUACCGAUCCAAGUGAACAUUCCUGGGUCAGCGAACACGCACGAGAACUCGAAUGGAGAUUCCGCCAAGGCGGCAGCGAUGAUGGGUGGCGGUGGCCCGGGCCCCGUAAGAGGCCGGGUGCCGAUGAAGAAGUUUGAGCCGCGCGAGGCGAUUUCGGUUCCUACUAGGACAACGUCAGACCUAGCCGAGUUUCUAAAACAAUCGGCGCCGCCCGUCGGCACGACUCCUAUGGCGAGCGACUUUUCGGAGACGGCGGGGCGGGAUGAGGCGAGCGGCAUCUCCAAGGUGUUCAGCCGGAGGAAGAAGCCCAGCGUGUCCCAUCCUCGCCGGAUGCCCGAGUCCGAAUAG